AUGAGCCCAUCAGCCAUUACCGGGGCCGCGGCCCCGUCUGGCACGACAAAAAAGGCGUCCAAGGCCAACAUUGGCGUCUUCACAAACCCGAAGCAUGAUCUGUGGAUAAGCGACGCGGCACCCACGCUGGAGAGCGUACAGAAGGGCGAGGAUCUCAGAGAGGGGCAGGUCACUGUUGCCAUCAGGAGUACGGGUAUCUGCGGAUCCGACGUCCACUUCUGGAAGCAUGGCUGCAUCGGGCCUAUGAUCGUCUGCAGCGACCACGUACUCGGCCACGAGUCGGCGGGCGAAAUCAUCGCCGUGCACCCGAGCGUGAAGAACAUCGCAGUGGGCGACCGCGUGGCCAUCGAGCCGCAGGUCAUCUGCAACGCGUGUGAGCCCUGCCUCACGGGGCGGUACAACGGGUGCGAGAGAGUCGACUUCCUGUCGACGCCGCCGGUGCCGGGGCUGCUCCGGCGCUACGUCAACCACCCGGCCGUGUGGUGCCACAAGAUCGGCGACAUGUCGUACGAGAACGGCGCCAUGCUGGAGCCGCUCUCGGUGGCGCUGGCGGGCCUGCAGCGGGCCGGAGUGCGCCUGGGCGACCCGGUGCUCAUCUGCGGAGCCGGGCCCAUCGGGCUGAUCACCAUGCUCUGCUGCAAGGCGGCCGGGGCGUGCCCGCUCGUCAUCACCGACAUCGACGAGGGGCGGCUGAGCUUCGCCAAGGAGAUCUGCCCCGAGGUCGUGACGCACAAGGUGGAGCGGCAGUCGGCCGAGGAUGCGGCCAAGGCCAUCGUGGCGAGCUUCGGGGACGUGGAGCCGGCCGUGGCCAUCGAGUGCACGGGGGUGGAGAGCAGCAUUGUGGCGGCCAUCUGGGCGGUCAAGUUCGGCGGCAAGGUCUUCAUCAUCGGCGUGGGCAAGAACGAGAUCCAGAUACCCUUCAUGCGGGCGAGCGUGCGCGAGGUGGACCUGCAGUUCCAGUACCGGUACAGCAACACGUGGCCGCGCGCCAUCCGCCUCGUUGAGAACGGCGUCGUCGACCUGACCCGCCUCGUCACCCACCGCUUCCAGCUCGAGGACGCCCUCAAGGCCUUUGAGACAGCCUCGGACCCCAAGACGGGCGCCAUCAAGGUGCAGAUCCAGAGCCUGGAGUGA